AUGAGUAGCACAGGAAAUAAUUAUAGCGAUACGUUAAGUUCGCUUUCGGAACAAGAUGAUGGACAUAUGAUUCGAGCAGUUCAACAAAAUGGUCGACGAAAUGCAUUAGCAGAUCUUGGUUCACAACUUGCGCAAUUUCAUACAGCAAUGGUAUCAUCUGAAAUUGAUAAUAUGACACCACAUUUUCAAUCGAUGUCAAUAAAACCGUAA